AUGGAGAACGACAUUAUUUUUCCAACCGGAACCCAACCCUCUUCUUCAACAAUUCACCCCUCAGAGUCUCCUGUCCCAGGACCUCUGAACUUAAGCAUCGCUUCGCGUAGCUCAAGUUCUUCCCCCAACAACUCUUUCCCGUUCGACUUUUCGUCGUUCACCACGGAUUACCAACAGCAACCAUGGCUUCCUUCGCCCCCGCACACCCAGCCCUUGGCUUCCAAUCAGAACAACAACAGCAACAACAACAGCAGCAGCAACAACAGUGCCCCAGCGGACUUUGUGCUCUAUCCAUCCGCUCCCAGACCGCAGCCUCCCAGAGACUCGCGUGCUCCGACCGUGAACACAACCCUUAGACCAUCUGCUCUCCAGCCAUUCUUGGCGCAGAACAAUUCUCGACGAAACUCCUUCAACCUGCAGUUGCACCGACACCUUCAGCAGCAGCUCUCUGGUUCCCCUGUUCCAGAUCCCAGAGUGACCCAGCUUGCCCGGUCUCCCUCUUAUUGGUCCCACCCCACGCUCAAGCACACCCGUCGUCACGCGGCUUCUGUGCCUUCCAAUUCUCCACACACCAACCGUCCGCCGAUCCCGCUAUUCAACGGUCAGGCCUCGAACCAACAACACAAUAUUCAAACAUAUCGCCGCAUCAUGUCUACUCCCAACUUCAUGGAAGCCCCUCACGACGACCUUUUCGGUCUUCCCUCUGCCGGUGGUUACCACGGCAUGGAUUCUCCCCUCGCUUUCGACAGCAUCCCUCUGGGUGAUGACGAACUGUUCGCUGGUCCUCCUGGCACCAUCUCUCCCAAGGACCUCAUGAUGGACAGCUCCGUUCCUCCCUCAGGCACAUUCACUGAUUUGAGCACCCCGUCUUUCGAGUCACCCGGCAACUUCUCUCAGAACACCUCGCCCAUGUUCACCGACAUGGACUUGGUUGGACACGAGGAAUGGCCAUCUCUCUUUGACGGCUCAGAGCACAUGAACGCCUUCGAUGUCGCUUCCCUUGACGUCGCAGCCGUUCUUGCUGCCGAACAGCCCAAGAAGCCCUCUCUCCGUGUCUCCAUCGCUCCUUCGUCUCCUGCGUCGCCUGCGCUCAAGCACUCUUCUCCCGCUCGGGGGUCGCCUAUCCCCGCUUCCGGCGGUGUCAAGCACUCCAGCAUCUCUGGAGUCGGCGCUCGCUCGCGCAAGAACUUGAGCCCCGUCGAGUUUGACCCUGCCGAUCCCAUCGCAGCCAAGCGUGCCCGUAACACCGAGGCCGCUCGUAAGUCUCGCGCCAAGAAGAUGGAGCGUCAAGCCGUCUCCGAGCGUCAAAUCGAAGAGCUCAGGGACAUCAUCGCCGCUCGUGACGAUGAGAUUGCCCGGCUCAAGGCUCAACUCCAGAUCCAAAAUACCUUCCAAUGA